AUGUUAACUAUCGUCGAAGAGGAAAUUGUUGCUUGCAACAAACUGCUAGAUGAGGUAAUAAAUCAGAGAAAUAAGACCGAAAAGGCAAAUAAAGACUUUAGAGAUAUCCAGGCAGAAGUUGAAAAUAAGCGACAAUUUUCCAGAGAGUUACUUAAGAAAGAACAGAUCAUAAGUCGGCAAAAGCAAAGUCUAGAAGAGAGAACUCAACGCUUAAGGGAAAAACAUAAGCAAAGAAUGUCUGAGGCUGAAAAGAAAUAUACCGCCCUACAGGCUGAGUAUGAACAAAUUCUUGAAGAACGCAAAGAAAUCGAAAAGAAAGCCGCUGACGAAAAGACUAUAUAUAAUGAAACACUCACAAAGUGUGCGGAUUUGGUUCAAGCAUGGAAUAAAGAAAAAUCCGAAAUUGAAUCCGAAUAUAAGGCCAUGAAGGAUAGAAUUGAAGGAUACCACCAAGAAAUUAGACUUACAUUGGAGGUUCAAAAGAUUCAUUUAGUUCGCCAAUAUAAAUGUACUGAGUAA